AUCAAUAGCCUACUCCAAUAAUAUAAUAAUAGGCUAUAUAGGAAAAUUGAAAAACGGCAAUCUCAUAGAAUCUUUUUCAAGCCACUGAUUGUUUAUAUUGUAAUGACUACAGGCGAGGCAGUGAGAAACGGCCAUCGCCAAGAUCUCUUUCCUGACGUCAUUUUAAAUAGACGGAAGUAAAACUUGCAGUUAUUUAUCCUACAGUGACAUAGCCAAAUCAAAAGGUUUUCUGCAAUAUAUUUAUUGAACGAAGAUAUCAGCUUAUAGUAGAGAUACAGCAUUUCAAAAGCAGCUCUUGCAGCCAAAAAGAAUGCACGGUCGGUUAAAGAUAAAGUCUACAGCGCAGCAGGAAGAGGAGAAAAGGAAGGAACGAGAGAAGAAACUAAAGCUAUAUGUAACAGCACGAGAUGUCUGUUUCAGUCAGAGGAAGGAGGGGGUUUUGGAUGAGGAGGCUCUACAGUUAACACAGCAGCUGCUGUCGUCCAAUCCUGACUUCUCAACCCUCUGGAACUACAGGAGAGAGAUUCUGAUGCAUCUGGAGACUGUGAGAGAGGAGGACGAUGUGCAGAAGAUCUAUGAGUCAGAACUUUCCUUUGUGGAACGCUGUCUGAGGCAGAACCCCAAGUCUUAUGGCAGCUGGCACCACCGAGGUUGGGUUUCAGCCCGUCUGCCCCGGCCUGACUGGGUCAGAGAACUGAGUCUAUGCGAUCGCUGCCUCAGCUUGGACGAGCGUAACUUUCACUGCUGGGACUACAGGCGGGUGGUGGUGAGGAUGUCAGGCGUGGCCGUGGAUCAGGAGCUCCGCUUCACCGAUCGCCUCAUUGGCUCAAACUUUUCCAACUACUCCAGCUGGCACUACCGCAGCACCCUGCUGCCCCUGCUGCAUCUGGAGUCCCCCGAGCCACUCUCGCCCACCCCCCAGCUGGCCAAGACCUCCCCACGGACCAACAGCCAUCGUGUCUGCGAGGAGCAGCUGCUCAAAGAAUAUGAGCUUGUGCAGAAUGCCUUCUUCACGGAUCCCAAUGACCAGAGUGCUUGGUUCUACUAUCGCUGGCUGUUGGGCAGAGCGGAGCGGGAGGAGAUGAUCAGCUGUGUGUACGUCAGUCGAGAGGAGGAGAGGGUGGCUGUGUGUUUCUCCAAGCCAGUUCACGGGCAGGCUGUUGGCCUGAUGCUGGUCCUCGACGGGCAGCCCCAGCAAGUGGAAUGGAGGAGCGUCCACCCACGCUUGAGACACAGCCCUGUCUGGGUCUGUGAUCUCCCCCCUGCCACCAUAAGUGACAUUGGCAAUGAGCAUAACCUGACCGUGCACUGGACGGAGAAUCAUACGCACAGGGACUGCGCACUCUACACUGGUCGAUCCCAGAGUUGGUGCCGGGAUUCUGCCACUGACCUGGAGCUUUUCAGGAGUGAGCUGUCGGUGGAGAAGACAUCAGUUCUGCAGUCUGAGCUGCAAACUUGCAACCAGCUCCAAGAACUGGAGCCUCUGAAUAAAUGGUGCCUGUUGACCAUUGUCCUCCUGAUGAGGGCGCUAGACCCCCUGGGCUACGAGAAGGAGACGCUGGCUCACUUCCAGACCUUGAAAGAAGUGGAUUCCAUGCGGUCUGCCUACUACGGUGACCUGUGCAGUAAAUUCAUUAUUGAAAACACAAUUCUUAAAAUGGAGUAUGCAGAGGUACGGGUCUUCAGUAUCUCAAACAAGAAGCUGAGCACUCUUUGCCACCUGGACCAGCUCUUAUUGGUGACCCAUAUUAACCUUUCGUCCAAUGAGCUGGAGAGGCUGCCUCCUCAGUUCUGUAUGCUACAGUGUCUGGAGGUCUUGGAAGCCGAUAACAAUUCCAUAGAAGAUUUAGAAGGGGUUUAUCAGCUUCCCAAAUUGGAGGAAAUUUCCUUAAAGAAUAACAAAAUCUCCAAGAUUGAAGACCUUGCGCUGCUUGCCUCCUGUCCUAAACUCAGGAGUCUGGAUCUCCGUGGCAACCCCGUCACGCAGAUGGCCAACUUCCUGUCGGACAUCGCAAAGCUGCUUCCCUCAGUCACGGACCUCCAACUGUGAUGUGCCCCUGGGGGGCGGGGGGUUGUAGUAGUAGUGGUGGUGUGUGUGUGUGUGUGUGUGUGUGUACGACGCCAAAAUGCAUGCUGCAAACCACUUAAAGAGCAAGAAUACCUGUAUUCACAACAGAACUACAGAUAACUUGUAUUUUGAAGAAUAAAAUAAGUAACUGAUAAAUUAAGGAUUAGCAUUGAGUUGCCAUUUGCUUUAUAACAUGGUUUGUAGAUUUACAAUUUAAAAGUUGGUGUAGGCCUACUCCACACAUUUUAAUCUCUUAUUCACCAAUAAAUUGCAACUCUGGCCACCUGAUCAUC